AUCAGAAUUCACUAGGAGAGAAAACGUUUAUGAGUUAAGUUAAGGCAUUUGAAGUUUUGACAUACGCGCGUGUGUUGUGUUGUUCUUGGUUGCGAUGAAACCACAUAUUUCUGUUAUUUCGGGUUAAUAUUAAAACAUAUAAGAUAAGUGUUAUUACAACGUAUACUUAUUAAAAUAAAUGUUUUACCAAAAAUCGUAACAUUGGAUAUCACGUUAUAGUAGUAUUACGCCCCAAGUGUAUCCGAUGAAAGUUUUAAAAAGUUGGACAAGUUUUCAAGUGCCUGUAUUUUGUAAUGAUGAGCAAAGUUUAUUUGUGAAAGUUUUUAAAUGCCGAUUACAUUUCACAGAUAGCAUGACGUAGAGCUAAGAGCUACAUCAUUGCCUGUCGAACGUCUAUCAAUCCAUCUCGUUAUUCAUUGGUGUGUGUUUGCAGGGUUCUUGAUGCGGUGACAAGAAAGAUGGACGCGGCGGACAAGCGGAUGCUGGAUCGCGAGGCGCUCCGCAACAUGAUCCAGCAAUGGAACGCCAACCGCCUCGACCUCUUCGAACUCAGCGAGCCCAACGAGAACUUGGAGUUCCAUGGCGUAAUGCGAUUCUACUUUCAAGAUUCGGGCCAGAAGAUCGCCACAAAGUGCAUCCGCGUCGCGUCCGACGCUACGGUCAUCGAUGUCAUUGGGACGCUGAUAGAGAAGUUCCGUCCGGACAUGCGCAUGCUGUCUCUGGGCUCCUACACGCUGUGGGAGACGCACGCGCCGGGCGACGAGCGGCAGCUGGAGCCCCACGAGAAGCCUCUGCUGGUGCAGCUCAACUGGCACGCCGACGACCGUGAGGGUCGCUUCCUGCUCAAGUGCUGCUCCCAGCCCGACAUGCCACUGUCCUCUAUAAAUGAGAAGGGAGACCAAAACUUCAAGCGGAAACUGUCGAAACGGGAGAAGAAGGAGUUAAAGAAAAAAGAGAAACUGUCAAGGUUGAAGUCGGACACGAACGACGAAAAUCGUCCGGUCGCCGAGAAGUUAUAUUCAGAACUGCCCGAGACGUCGUUCACUCGCAGCAUCAGCAACCCCGAGGCGGUGAUGAGGCGUCGGAGGCAGCAGAAGCUCGAGAGGAAGCUGCAGCAGUUCCGCUCCGAGGAUGGUGGACCCGACACCGGUGGCACGCUGAAGAUCUACGGGUCGUCCCUGUGCCCGGACGUGCCGUACAAGACGCUGCUGCUGUCCGUCGGUGACUCCGCGGCCGCCGUGCUCCGGGAGAUGCUGGACAAGUACGGGCUGUCUCGGCACGAGCCCGCGCAGUACUGCCUCGUGCAGGUGGACACGACUGACGAUUCGGAGUACAUCCUGGAGGACGACGAGUGUCCUCUGGCCAUCGUCAUGACGCAUCCUCAUCGCAGCUCCAUAAUGUUCCACGUCCGGCGUCGGCCGUCGGAGGGCCAGCCGCGACGGCGCAAGAAAAAGCCGAGCGGCGGCGCGGGCGCACGUCCCGGGACAGACCCCAUGCUCAUUGAGGUCACGCCGGACGGCACCGCCCUCGAGAACGGGCGCCGGCUGCGAGUCGCCGAUGUCGUCGAGGUGGGAUCGGUGAACGGCACGGCGCUGCAGCUGUACGGACCUUCCAUUCAGCCGCGGCACUGCGUGCUGGCUCCCACCGAGGGCGGACACUCCGUCACUCCGCUGCACGCCGACGCACAAGUCUACGUCAACGGACGACGCGUCACGCACACUACUAGGCUACAGCACGGCUGCCUACUCAAAUUCGGCCGAGUGUCCACCUUCCGUUUCGUGGAUCCGGCGCAGGAGCAGCUCAUCAGCCGAAACAUUUCUCAGUCGCAACAUUACGGCUCGGGCUCCAUCUACGACAGGUCGACCGCGGACAGCGGAGCCAUGUCUCCCUCGUCGCUGGCCUCGCCCCACCGGGACCUCCUCGACGACGACGACCACCCCGACGACGGGCACUACGACGAAGACGACAACGACAAUAACAACACGCUCAAACCGGAAGAGUCGCCGCGCUCGAACGAUUCCAAGCACGAGUUCGGCCGCGACGAGCGCGAGCACUCGAGUCGCACCUCGCACCGCCUCAGCUACAAGGACAACUACGAGACCACUUUCGACCUGGACGGCAACGUCGAGACCAAGAGCAUCUGUAGCGCCAAGAGCGGGGGCUCCGGACACGAAAAUAGAAGCGGCGGCGGCGCGUGGCGAGCGGGACAGGAGGCGAUCCUCCCGGCCGUCCUGGAGUUUCCGGAGGCGGGGCAAGCCCAGUUCCUGUCCGCCGUCAUCUCGAGGCUCGACCCCCACGCCCCGGCCUUCAAGCUGGCCCCGGUCUACACGCUCUACCUGUGCGCCAGAUACCGCGCGUCCACCCACUACCGGCCGGAGCUGACGCCGACGGAACGAGCGCACAAGCUCACCGCGUUCCUGCACCACGUCGCCACACUCAUACACGCCACCGUGCAGGAGCGUCGCGCGGACUCCGCGGCGCAGGCAUUCUGGAUGGCCAACGCCAGUGAGCUGCUGCACUUCCUCAAGUGCGACCGGCACGUCUGCUCUUUCUCCACGCAGGCGCAGGAGUCGCUCCCCAUCACAGUGCAGAACGCAUUCAGCAACCUGGUGUCGUGCUUCGCGGAGGAACUUCGCGGCGCGGUGUGGGCGCUGGCCCGCGGCGGCGGAGACGACACCGAGGCCACGGCGCCCGUGCUGCAGGCGCUGGCCGCCGCCAUGGUGCUGCUGCGGCGCUGCCGAGUAAACGCCGCGCUCACCAUACAGCUGUUCUCGCACCUAUUCCACUUCAUCAACGCCAUCGCCUUCAACAAGCUGGUCUCGGAGCCGAACAAUAUCACGCCUCGAUGGGGCGCCUCCCUGUCCGCUCGCCUGGCGCUUCUCGCGGCCUGGGCCGAGAGACAAGGGCUGGAGCUGGCGGCCGACUGCCACUUGGCGAGGACUCAUCGAGCGGCGCGUCUGAUCCAGGGCGAGUACCGGACGGCGGAGGAAGUGCGAGCCGCGCUGGCGGCCUGUUUCAAGCUCAACUCGGUUCAAGUUCGAGCUUUGCUCUCGCCGCUCCUUCCCGCCGACCUCGUGGAGGCUGCCGUGGCGCACGCCCGGGCGCUCGCGGACGAGCUGUACCGGGCCGACGGUAGAGAGAUCGAGCUGGAGGAGAGCGAGUGGCUGGGCACGGCGCUGCUGAUCCCCGGCGACGGCUUCAGCGCGGAGGUGGUGCGCGGCGUACCCCCCGGCCUGGCCGAGUUCGUGGCGCCGCUGCAGAGGGGCGGACUGUGUCGUCUGGCGCCGCAACCGCACGCCGUCGGGCUCUGGACCGUCUACAUGCACGCGCACGCCGCGCCGCCCCGGCGCCCGCCCGACCCUACGCCGCAGCUCAUCCAGCUGCACAAGAACUCCAACGGCAUGGGGCUCAGCAUCGUCGCCGCCAAGGGCGCAGGACAAAGCAAGCUGGGCAUCUACGUCAAGUCUGUGGUGGCGGGAGGGGCCGCGGCGGCCGACGGACGCCUGGCGGCCGGAGACCAGCUGCUGUCGGUGGACGGUCACUCGCUCGUCGGCAUCUCGCAGGAAAACGCGGCCGAGUACUUAGUGAGGACGGGCCCGAUAGUGACCCUGGAGGUGGCCAAGCAGGGAGCCGUGCUGCACGGCCUCGCGACUCUUCUGCACCAGCCGGCCUACGCGCAACAACGUCCGGGUGGUGGCGGUGUUGCGGGGGGUCGGCGCGCGUCGGAGCGCGACCUGCCCUCGCGUCUGGCGGCCGAGCCCGUCAAACCCAGCAAGAGCACGCCGGCGCUGCAUCAGCCGCCGGGCCCGCCGCCGCCGCAGAGUCCACUGAGCCCGCCGAAUCUGCUGAGUCCCGGCGUCCGGGCGACGGCCAGCAAGUCCCGUAGCAGCCACAACCUCUCCUCGCCUCCCGUCGACUCCUUCUACCAAAACCUCGCCUCCGUCCACGACAGACGAGACAGUAGAUGGUCUUCCCUCCGGUCGUCCGGCGGAGGCCGGCCCCAGUCGGCUCAUUUUGAUGAACAUCACGCGGACCUCGACCGACAUCAGGUAAACCAGGCGAACGCGCGAGCGGCGAAGUUGGCUGAAAUGUCCGAAGAGGUGACGAGACGACAGCAGCUUCAAUAUCAGCAUAUGCAGCAACACUUGCAACAACAGCAGCAGCAUUCACAACAACAGCAGCAGCAUUCACAACAACAGCAGCAGCAUUCACAACAACAGCAGCAGCAUUCGCAACAACAGAUGUUCUACAAGCCGGCGACGCCGCAAAUGUACGCGCCCGCAGCGUACGACGCCUCUUCGCAUCCGACUAGCCAGCCCGGCCCUCAACCCGUAUCGCACGACGUUCCGAGCCCCGGCCCGCAGAGUCUGCAGGGCUCGAUGCACGGCUUGCACAACAUUCAGGGCUCACAAGCCUUCAUUUCCCAUAACCAGCAGCCUACCCCGCAGCCUCACGCCUCGUACGGGCAGCCACAGCGGUACGAGUGGGUCCAGGCGGGGCCGCCGUCGCCCCAACGGUCGCAGCCUCCGGUGGCUCCCAAACCGCCGGGCCCCCGGAGGCCGGAGCUCGACCCCGUCGAGCUCGGUCAGCUUUCGCACGGCACUCCCGCCCGCGUCCGUGCCGACGAAGUUAAACACGACACAGAGCAGCACGCGGCGAGCGCCCAGGAGGCGGCCUCGGCUUACGCGACGCACAACCCGUGGCAGCGGGAGGAGCGCGAGCGGCAGGCCGAGGCCAGGCGGGCGGCCGCCCGAGCCCGCCGGGACCACACCGUCGCACAUCUGCUGGCGCUGGGCGCGACGCGCACCGCGGCGCAGAACCAGCAGCUGCGAGCUCUGCAGCUCGAGAGGGACUUCGAGCGCCGCGCGACGCAGCACCAGACGGAUGAAGGCGGAAACGGCGAAGGCAGCCCCGAAGAGGAGUCUCCGCCCUCGGAGCAUCCGGCCGAGCGGGACUCGAGGCUUCACGGCCAGCACCCGCAGCCUCCCGCGCCCAAGUCCAUUCUGAAGAGUAACACGAGAGCGGAGACGCUCAAUGGCUUCCAGACGCACCCGAGCCCGAGCGAAGAGAGCCGAAUGAGCGAGCUGUCCGUGAACGUGUCCGGCAUGUCGGUGUCCGCGGCGUCCGGCGAUCCCGUCCCGCUCGUCGCCCCGACGCCCCCCGAGCGCGGCUCGUCCUUCGCCGUGAUGGCCACCAGACGCCCGCCGUCGCCGCAGUCCCCAGCGGGCACCGGUCGGGACAAGCGCGUGUCCUUCCACGAGCGAGCCUCGGAGCCGCCUCCUGCUCCGCCGGCCUCGUCACCUCCCCCCAUGGACGUCCCCGCCGCCCCCAGAGAGGACCCUGACCGGUUCCUGGAGGAGGCCGAGAGCAUGCUGGACGAGGUCGGAGCCGGAGCGGCGCACGCUUCGCCGUCGGCCGCGCACACGCCGGGCGUCAUCGGUGCACAGGAGGUGUACAGAGACCCUAGGACGCGUCGCCUGGCGGAGCAGCGAGCGAGGGCGGCGCCGGCGCCGGUCCCGGAGCAUCUGUCCUUCAAGGAGAAAAUGAAGAUGUUCGCCCUCGAGUCCGGCGAGGCCUCCACGCCCAAGGACAAGGUGAAGAUCUCUCGGGCUCAGCGAGACAUCGACGCGGUGCACUAGCGACCGCGGCCGCUCGGCGACGAGGGACGCCCUCGCGGUCCGGGCUGGUGAGUUCGGACUACCGUUCGCUCCGCAUGGACGUCGGGACGGUUAAUUUAGAAAGAUAUGGCACGUCAUGAAAUUCUAAAAGUUUUAUUUCCAAAUUAGUUGUGCCAUCGUACUGUUAAUAAACUGUUAUCGUUCGACGAUAGUUUUAUUCCGAGAGUUAUAUUAGGAUCGAAAGGCGUACGUCCGUCGGCGCCUCAUCUCUCGCUAUGUCGCUUCGUCACAUUCCAAAGAAUGAACUUCUCUCUCCUCCUCGAUCGUUCCUCGGCGGUAUCCGAUGAGUAGAGGCAGACUUAGGCGUUCAACGAAAGCAAUAAAGUAGUGCCCCUGUACAUAAGCAUAGAGAGCCGUAAGAUAACGUCCAGCACGUUUUGUGCCAAAAGUCGUUCUCUUGGAUUCGGCCGGCCGCGUAACGUUCCCGUUAAUCGAUAUAAUGCUCCUCCUUUGUGGAACGCCCGGUUGCUUAUGUGGUCGUAGUCGAAUGAUUUUUAUCUUUCCGGUACCUCGGACCGUAUUCGUCAUGAGUCGACGCCUCGGUUUGUUGUCGUAUAUAUUUGGAAAUGAGGAACGAUAGUUUUCCUGGUCGCGUAGUCGCCGAAGAGCAUUGUGUUUCGUUAGCCGUACGUUAAAGCGUACCCGUCCGAAUCCAAAAGACAUAAAUUAGGUCAAAAUCGAUGUAUAUAAUAUUUCCAAUAUGAAUCCACGACCAAUAUUUUGUAAAUGUUCACUACGAGUCUAUAAUAUAUAUAUUAUAUAGAGUUUAGAGGCCUAUGCGAAGAGCUAUUUUAGUAAAAUUAUUUAGUCGUAAAGGGCUUCACGUGCCCAGUACUUCACCCAACGAUAGUCAAUUAGAAAUGUUGUAAGGUUUAUUUGUACUCUGACACGUCGUGUGCUGACUCGGUUCGGACUGUUCUUUAAGAAUUAGAAAUUACACAACACAAACUAAUUAUAUUGUUAUCGAUAGUGAGUAUUGUACUACGUUUACUUAAAUUUUAAUAAAUUACCGAUACGAA